CUCCUAAAACCAUCACUUCUGUUGCAAGGUGAGCUGGGCUGGGAGUUGUACCACGCCAGAGAGGACACAGCCCGGCUGUAUGAGGCCCUGAUGUCGGCAGGACAGGAGUUUGGACUGGGUGACUUCGGCACUUACGCCAUGGGCUCCCUCAGGCUGGAGAAGGGCUUCCGGGGCUGGGGGGCUGAGAUGACAGUGGAUAACAACCCUCUAGAAGCAGGUCUUGGUUCCUUCAUCAAAAUGAGCAAGCCUGCAGACUUCAUCGGUAAGGCGGCCCUGCAGCAGCUGCAGCAGGAGGGUCUGACCCGGAAGCUGGUGUGUCUGACUGUGGAGGUGGAGGAGGAUGGUCCUGAUGCUGAGGGGAACGAGACCAUCUGGCACCAGGGGGAGGUGGUUGGGUUUACGACCUCCGGAGCGUACGGUUACCGGGUACAGGAGUCCCUAGCCUACGCCUACGUCCCGUUACAUCUCGCCCAGCCGGGAACUGUGGUGCAGGUAGAGUUGCUAGGGAGCCGCCGCCCAGCAAGGGUGCAGCAGGAGCCGCUGGUCAAGAGGGCUAGAGAGGAAAUAUAAGUACUGUGCAACGGUGCGCUGAGCAAGCUCGUUUUAGAAACGUCGACUAUGAAUAGGAAAAGCCAUGAUAACUCUUAAAAUUUUUAAAUAAUGCUGGCAGGUAAUGUAGUAGAAUGACUGCCUUAGAAGUCCCCAACACUCUAUAAAUGCAACAUAAUUAUUCCUAUAGUUUUACUCUAGUCGUACCUCUUGAUCAUGAACAUACUUCGUGCCGUGUCCUAUACACGACUGUCCAAGGAAUGCCCUGUUGCAAUCGUGCGACGAAUGUGACUAGGCCCUAACUGAGGAAUUACCCAAAACGUUGUGUAAAAUCGUUGCAAUACCAGAAUCCCGGGGGUACAUCUUUAACGACUGAAAUAAUGAUAUUAAGGAUGAUAACCCUGAUGGUAAACGUACAUCAGGACAUUUUAUAACUAUCAAAGUACCACAGCUUUCUCCACUUACUGCAAUCAAUGCCAUUGGCUGUGGGGAGGCAGUCAUGUUACGCUUACGACGAAUGUGUGUGAAACUAAUUAAAACUCUUGUUUCUC